AGGAGCAAACACAACAGGAAGAGAGUUUUCUCUUUGUUGUUGUUGUAAAUAUUUCACUUUUAAUUACGUUUAGAAGAUGACAUAAGAGCAGCCCUGAGCUCCAGGUGUCACUGAGAUCUAAUUAAAGUUGAUUCCGUUUUCGCGGGUCGACGGUUUUGUUUCCCGGCGGCUCGCGCUGCUGUCCUGCAACGAAGAAACAGAACGCCACUAAAAACCUGCCUAAUUGAAGAUAAUCUCGAUUACUAACCAAGGGUCAGAGGUCACCAUGGGGUCGGCGGUUGAGAGGACGGACGAACACGUGAGAGAGUAUCUGAUCUACCGCGGUUUCACCAGCACUCUGAAACACUUGGACAGCGAGAUCAAGGCCGAUAAAGAGAAAGGCUUCAGGGUGGAUAAGAUUAUUGAUCAGCUGCAGCAGUUCGUCCAGAGCUUCGACCUGUUUGGUCUGAAGGAGUACUGGCUGUACCUGGACAGACGUCUGUUUUGCAGACUGGAGGACGUUUACAGAUCCACAGUGAAUAAACUGAGAACCAGCCUGUACAGAUACUACGUCAUCAACACUAUCCAGAAAGGAAACCUGGAGAAGACUCAGGAGUUCUUCCAAAAGCAGGGGCUGGAGCUGCAGAGUCAGGUCGAGUGGCGGGAUUGGUUCAUUCUGCCAUUUAUCCCCACCCCCGAGCAGAACCCUGCCUUCGCUCCAUACUUCUCCCGCCAGUGGGCCGACACCUUCCUGGUGUCACUGCACAACUUCCUGUCAGUCCUCUUCCAGUGCAUGCCCCAGCCGGUCCUGUUGAGUUUUGAUGCUGAAGUCCAAAAGAUGACUAGCCUGACAGAAGAGAACGAACAGCUCCGCCAGCUGCUGUUCGCCCUGCAGACUGAGAGUCGGGACCAUAGAGACGGGGACGAGAUGAUCCACCACAAGCUGCCGGUGUACGUCCAGAACAUGGACCGCCUGGGAGACACAGAGCUGGACUUGGUGUCGAGCCAGCGCCCUAUCAGCACCGCCACCACUCCCUCCAGAAACUUCUUCUCUACAUUCCUGCCGCAGGGCAGACGCACUCCGGGGAAACCUCCUCAGCCCACCACGGGGUCCUCGCCAAGCCAGGUAGCUGUGGGCAGGAAGGAGCUACCAAACAAUCAGCCUACAAAGUCCAAAGAGGCAGUCCAAGCUAAGGAGGUGAAGCCAGUUUCCAGCCAGGUAUCGACCAAUGAACCUGCGAGCUCCCAGUCCCAACAGUCAACAAACCAGUCAACAAACCAGCCGUCACACAACAGACACAAGAGAAUCCAGGACCACGAGAAAGAGAGGAAGGAGCUUUUCUCUAAACCACCACCACAGCAGACACCUGAGAAGAAAGCUGAAGUGGGAGAGGUAGAGCCUCCUGCUGAGACCUCCAGCGAACCUUCUGACUCCUCCUCAAACAGCCGGAGUGGAGGAGGAGCAGGAACAGAGGGAGGAGGACUGUCAGCCGAACAGCCGUUCAUCAAACUCAGCCAGGAGGAGUACGGAGAACACCACUCCUCCAUCAUGCACUGCAGAGUUGACUGUUCUGGUCGCCGGGUUGCCAGUUUGGACGUAGAUGGAGUCAUUAAGGUGUGGUCAUUCAACCCCAUCAUGCAGACGAAAGCCACCAUCAUGUCCAAGUCUCCUCUGCUGUCUUUGGAGUGGGCCACCAAACCAGACAGACUGUUGUUGCUAGGCAGCGGCGUUGGCACAGUGCGGCUGUACGAUACGGACGCCAAGAAGAAUCUUUAUGAGAUGAACAUUGAUGAAAGUCAUCCACGUAUCUUGUCUUUAGCCUGCAGUCCCAGCGGUUCCUCGUUCGUCUGUUCAGCUGCAGCUCUCAGUCGAUCUGGAAGUGUCGAAUCCACACCUCGACUUCCCAUACCAGUGUCGGGACAGCUGCUGCUCUGGGACACGAAGACCGUCAAACAACAGCUCCAGUUCUCUUUAGAGCCUGAACCAGUAGCCAUUAACUGCACAGCCUUCAACCACAAUGGAAACCUGCUGGUGACGGGAGCUGCUGACGGCGUCAUCAGACUGUUCGAUAUGCAGCGGUAUGAGAGCGCUAUGAGCUGGAGAGCUCACGACGGAGAAGUUUACAGCGUGGAGUUCAGCUACGAUGAAAACACCGUCUUCAGCAUCGGAGAAGACGGAAAGUUCAUCCAGUGGAACAUCCAUCGGUGUGGCGUGAAGCAGUCGGAGCAGGCUUUACCUCAGGAUGCCACAGGGCCCUUCAUCCUGUCAGGGUACAGUGGAUACAAGCAGGUUCAGGUUCCUCGAGGUCGACUCUUUACCUUUGACUCUGAAGGCCAACACAUCCUGACCUGCUCCAGCACCGGAGGACUCAUAUACAGGCUGACCAAUGGAGAGCCAGCUCUGGAGAGCGUGCUGUCACUGGGCGGGCACAAAGCGCCGGUGGUGACAGUCGAUUGGUGCUCGGCGGUGGACUGCGGCACCUGUCUGACCGCCUCCAUGGAUGGGAAGAUUAAACUGAGCACGCUCCUGGCACAGAAGUCCUGACUGAUGAGGGGUCAGAGGUCACAAUAAACUGAUUCAUUUUGCUCACUGAUGGAGAUUAUUCCAGAAUCUGAUAAUCACAAUAUGCCAUCUGUUUCAUUAUGUCAUGCAGUUAAAACUCACCAACUUGUUAUAAAACCAUAUUAAAAUCCCACUUUAAAUUCA